AUGGACGUGCCCGAGCCCGAGCAGACUCCAUUCACAGCCGUCACGGCACAGACUUCCAAACUCGCACGGCAAUACCAAACUUUACUCGAUGCCUCAACUCCUUUCACAGCCUACCGCUGGACCGGCACUGUUGUUCUGCUGCUCGUCUUCUUCCUGCGAAUUGUCCUCGCCCAAGGAUGGUACAUUGUCGCAUACACCCUGGGAAUCUACCUGCUGAACCUCUUCCUGCUUUUCCUGCAACCCAAGUUCGAUCCCUCCCUGACCCAGGACGAGGGUCUGGAGGACGGUGAUGCCGGCGCCCCCAGCCUCCCCACCAAGCAGGACGACGAGUUCCGGCCCUUCAUCCGCCGGCUCCCUGAGUUCAAGUUCUGGCAUGCCGCGACCCGUGCCAUCACCAUUGGCUUUGUUUGCUCGUGGUUCUCGGUCUUUGAUAUCCCGGUCUUCUGGCCUGUUCUUGUUGUGUACUGGAUCAUGCUGUUCAUCUUGACGAUGCGCCGCCAAAUUCAGCACAUGAUCAAGUAUCGCUACGUGCCUUUCUCCUUUGGAAAGACUAGAUACGGCCGCUCAUGA